AUGAGAUUAUUAGGGAAACCUUUUUAGAUGAAGGAUGAUAAACAAAGGUUUACUAAAGAUCAACUUAAUUAUUAAUUCAAACUAUUCCAUCCUGAUAUCAAAGAUAACACUCUCAUUAAAGAAAUAUUAAAGUAACGAUAAUUAAAAUAAGAAAAUCAAAAAAAUAAAGAUAAGGAGAAAAAAAUAAAAUAAAAGUUGCAAUUUGAACUAAAAUUUCAAAGUGGAACUGAAUUAUAUCAAAAAUAUCCUCGCAACAUUAAAUUAAUAAAGCACCUUGAAAAAAGAAAGGAAAUAAAGCACAUUGAUUACUUCAAAUCUUCAUUUAAAUAAGCAUAUAGCCUAAAUAUCCAAACAGAAUAAAAUCAACCAAGGAAAUCCUCCUUUAUUACAUGGGAAACCUUAGAUGAUAUUGCUCCUGAUAACGAUCUAAUACAAAAUCUGAUAGGACCAGAUUAGGAUGAUUACUGCUAUCGAAAUUAGCAUGAAAUAAAAAAUAACAAAUCUAAAAAUUAAAGAAAUCGAUUACCUUAUAGUAUUAUCAGUCUUUCUCAGGACGUAAGAUCCAUUUCUGACUCUAACCCUAAUUAUCAAAAAAAUUGUACUACAAUUUAAACUGAAAGAUAAUAAUCUCAAAGAUGCUAAUAUUAGGAAUCAUCUAGAAUACCAUCGAGUUAACAGUAUUACAUAUAAGAAUCUCCUAAAUCCAUAUAGUUAUAAAAUAUAUAAAACUAAAUUGAAAAGCCUCCAUAUAAAAAUAAUGUAAAUAUCUCAAUACUCAAAAGAGUAAAUGAAAUAAAGUAAUUAUAAGAUCUAAAAGAAAAGUAUCUUUUAAACAAAAUUGUAAACAUUUAAUUAAGGAAAGAAUAAUGUAACUAACAAAAUGGAACUAAUAUCUGA